AGAAAUGAGCUGCCGUGGCUAAGCUAGCUAACCCCUCCCCGGCUCAGUCCGUCCUCCUGUCCUUUGGACCUCCUGCUCUUUGGGCCUCCUGCUCUUUGGACCUCCUUUGGACCUCCGGCUCUGGGUUUAAAUGGCCGGCGUCGCCCUGCAGUGCUCCGGUCCCUGGCGUUUCGUCAAAUUAAGAAGCUUGGUGAGACUUUCUACCAUUCCCAGUCUGAAGUUCCACACCACAGCGUCUCCCAUGAUGGGUGCCACUGUGCAGCAGUUUGAGCAGGCGAAGAGCAAACUGUCCACGCUGAAGAACGACCCCGGCAACGAGGUCAAACUGAAAAUCUACGCUCUGUUCAAACAGGCCACUCAGGGUCCCUGCAACACACCAAAACCAGGUAUGCUGGACUUUGUCAACAAGGCCAAGUGGGACGCCUGGAAAUCUCUGGGCUCCAUACCACAGGAUGAAGCCAGGCAGCAGUACUGCGACCUGAUUGGCUCCCUGGUGGAGGCAGAAGGUCCGAGCUCUGAUCAGAUGGCCGCAGAGCCUGCUGGGAGUGGGACCAUGUACAAGACGCUUUUGCUCACCACUGAGGAUGACAUCACCACGAUAAAACUCAAUCGACCGGCCAAAAAAAACGCCAUCACUACUGAGAUGUACAGUGAAGUUAUUGCAGCUCUGGAGCAGGCGGCUAAAGACGACUCAGUCAUCACUGUGUUUACUGGUGCUGGCGACUACUACUGCAGUGGAAACGACCUGACCAACUUUAAGCUGGAGGGAGGAGGGGUGGAGGAGAUGGCCAGACGUGGUGGAGAGCUGCUCAGACAGUAUGUGAAAGCCUACAUCGACUUCCCAAAGCCGCUGGUUGCUGUCGUGAACGGACCGGCUGUAGGAAUCUCUGUCACUGUGCUGGGACUGUUCGACCUGGUGUACGCUACGGAGAGGGCCACCUUCCACACUCCGUUCAGUCAGCUGGGUCAGAGCGCUGAAGGAUGCUCCUCCUACACCUUCCCCAAAAUAAUGGGCUCCGCCAAGGCCAGUGAGAUGCUGUUGUUCAAUAAGAAGCUCACAGCGGUUCAGGCCUGUGAACUCGGUCUGGUCACUGAGGUUUUCCCCGACAGCAGCUUCCAGUCGGAGGUCUGGACCAGGCUGAAGGCCUACGCCAAGCUGCCCCGCAACUCUCUGGCUUUCUCCAAGCAGCUGAUCCGCUCGAUGGAGAAGGAGCGUCUGUACGCGGUGAACGACGCCGAGGUGGAGUGUCUGAUAGGCCGCUGGAUGUCAGACGAGUGUUUCAGCGCCGUCAUGAGCUUCUUCCAGGCCAAGGCCAAGCUGUGAGGGAGGGACGGCCGGAGUGUGUGUGGCAGAGUGUGUGACAGAGUGUGUUUCUGACGUGAACAUAAUGUACAGGUGAUUUCAGAAAACGAAGAGUGACAUGUCCCCCCUCAGCUGUGCCGACUCCUCCAGCUGUUCUGAGGUGAUUUCAGUGAAUUCUCAACAUGAUCAGUGAUUUUAAUGUGAUCACAUGACGGGAACAUGCUAAUGCUAACGUGCCUUAAACACUGUAGAAAACUCAUCGUUGUCUCUUCACUCUGUUUAAUAAAAGCUGAACUUGUAUUUACUGUG